GAAUGCCCGGGGGAAAGAGAGGGCUGGUGGCACCUCAGAAUACUUUUUUGGAGAACAUUGUCCGACGCUCAAGUGAAACCAGCUUUCUCCUGGGGAACGCCCAGAUCGUAGAGUGGCCUGUUGUUUACAGUAAUGACGGAUUCUGCAAGCUGUCCGGCUUCCACAGGGCUGAGGUGAUGCAGAAGAGCAGCACUUGCAGUUUCAUGUACGGAGAACUGACAGACAAAAAGACGAUAGAGAAAGUCAGACAAACCUUUGAUAAUUAUGAGUCCAACUGCUUCGAGGUUCUGCUGUACAGGAAGAACAGGUCUCCUGUGUGGUUCUACAUGCAGGUGGCGCCCAUCAGGAACGAGAACGACAAGGUGGUCCUGUUUCUCUGCACCUUCAAGGACAUCACCGUCUUUAAGCAGCCCAUCGAGGACGAGACCACCACAGGAUGGACCAAGUUUGCUCGGCUUACUCGAGCUUUAACCAACAACCGCAACACCCUGCAGCAGCUCACCCCCAUGAGCAAGCCUGAGGUCACUCACAAACACUCACGUCUGGCAGAGGUUUUACAGCUGGGGUCUGACAUCCUUCCUCAGUACAAGCAAGAGGCACCCAAAACACCUCCCCACAUCAUCCUCCACUACUGCACCUUCAAGACCACCUGGGACUGGGUCAUCCUUGUCCUCACUUUCUACACCGCCAUCAUGGUGCCCUACAAUGUCUCCUUCAAGACCAAGCAGAACAACAUUGUCUGGCUGGUGCUGGACAGCGUGGUGGAUGUCAUCUUCUUGGUGGACAUUGUCCUGAACUUCCACACCACCUUUGUGGGGCCGGGGGGCGAGGUCAUUUCUGACCCCAAGCUCAUCCGGAUGAACUACCUGAAGACCUGGUUCGUCAUCGAUCUGCUGUCCUGUCUGCCCUAUGACAUCAUCAACGCCUUUGAGAACGUGGAUGAGGUAUGA